AUGGAUUUAGAAUUGAGGUUUCAUGAAAUCUCACUUCCAAAGAAAGCAAAUGGAAAACCUAUUUUCUCCAUCUCAAAACAUGGAUGGCCAUAUCAUAGUGGUACAAAUGCGAUUCAUUUAAUGGAAAAUGGACUUAAAGACUCUGAAAAAGCCACCAAAGACGUUGAAAAAGUCACCGAAGAAGAAUCUGAAAAUGCCACAGAAGAAUACUCUGAAAUAACCUCCAAAGUCAUUGAAAAAGUCACCGAAGAAAUCAUUAAAAAGCCACUAAAGAUUCCACAUUCAUACCAACCUCAUGCCCUCAAACUUGCAUGUAUUGCUAUGGAGUAUCUUUAUAAACGAAGAGACGAACCAGUAGGGACGAGAAACUUAACCAAAUAUAAAGAUUUGGUUGCAUUACAAAAAGUCUUAUUAAGACAUAGUAUACCGUUGUUACAUCAUAUUCUAUUCGAUUAUAAACAAGCAGAUGGGAGUAAACAAGAUAAAACGAGAGUUAAUCGUUAUUUGCAUAUAACAAGGGAAUUUGAAUGGCCUAAAUCAGAGUCUGCUAAAACAAAAGAAAUUGAUCUGAUGCUUACUAUUAAAUUAAUAUCAAGUGGACAUCAUAAAGUUAUCGACGCUAUUCAAAUAAUGCGGAAAAUGAUACGAGAAUCCGAAAAAUUUAUCAUUAAAGAACAUUCAGUUACGAUAGGUUGGAUGUUUGCAGUGACAAAGGCACUUAACAAUCGUAACUUUGUAUUUAAAGGAACAUUUACUCACUACGUAGUUUGUAUUCCUCAUAAGUAUUAUUUAUCAAUGCAAUAUUUUACAAACCAUGCUUUGGAUCCAAAGAAGAAUAUGUAG